AUGGACGGCUUCUCUCGCGCAGACAGGAUCAGAGCGAUCUGCGCGCCGCUGUGCUGCUGCUGGUCGUCCCGCGUUGCCCUCUCAUCGCCGUCCACCGAGUCGCUGAACGACUGGUUUGGCCAGUCUCGUCCUUCAACCUCGCUCGACGAUGGUGCAGCGCCCGCCAAUACGUGGCGAGACACUGAGGGAAUGGACGGGCGACGCCAUGCGGAUGUCCUGAGCUUGCACGAAGGAAUUGGCACUGGGAGUCGAGGGCAGCGUCGGCGGUUCAGGCUGAGAGGCGGCGAUAUCUCAGGCGGCGGGGCAGACACUGGCUCAGGCUUGACGAGGUGGACGUUGCUGAAGAGCUGGUGGCGGGGAGGAAGCGGAGCGAUUCGCCUGACCGACUCAGAGGACGAGGGAGACGGAUUGGAAGACGGCGAAGCAGACGGAACCGGCUCACGCGACCGCGACCUCGUACAUGCACACGAAGGAGAUGCUGAUGCGGCACCCCUCUCGCUGGACGACGUCGACUUGCCGCCUGCGCCGCCUUCUGGCGCACCCGAACCUUCCGCUUCCUCCAUCGCUUCUUCCUCGGCAUCCCCCAACCUCUCCGAAGGCACUACGCUUGUCGACACCGACGAGGACCGAGAAGCUCGGCGCGCUCGACGGCGAGCGCGACGCCGCGCCCGAGAACUCGGCAUCUCGCUCGAGGAGUUUGAGCAAGGCGUGGCCGUCAAUCCAACGGAGCUGCCAUCUUCGCCCUUUCUUGACGUUCAUCCGCCCUUAACGUCGCUCUCGUCGCGGUCAAAGUCGAAGAGGAGCAGCAAGAGCUCGCACUCGCACGCGUCAUCAACAUCUAGCGGGUCUCGUCGCCGGUUCGACCGGGAAGGAGGGGAUGAGCUCUCGGUCGUUGAAGAGGAGGAGGGGUCUCGGGUUGAGGUUGAUGCAGGCAGCAGGCGCCGGCGGAAGGAGCGCGAACUGGACGACGAGCAAAGCCACACCUCCCGGCACAGCUCGAACAGCCAGGAUGGAUCAUCGUCGCACACGAGCUCUCGCAGGACUCGCUCGAGCCGUCGCGCGCAGGAAACCGACUCCCUCGACCCAUACCAAGUUCCGCUCCCCCUCUCUCCUCGUCCUGACGGCGAAAACAGGCCUCGACACCGCUCCCAGCCGUCCUCUUCCACCCUCUCAACCGGAACAUCCUCUUCUCGUCGAUCUCGCCGGCACCGAGGCGAGUACCACCAGCACAACCAAGCAUCACCGCUGCAUGACCCGACCGGCGAAAGCGUCCAGUACUAUGAGGACGAAACUGGCCAACUCGUCGCCUACGCUUUCGAGGCGGAUCACGGCGGCGAGCAAGCCGCAGCAAUCGAGCCUACGUCCCCUGCGCCGCCCGUUUCUCCCUCAUACGACCAUAUCGGCGUUCUCCCCGGCAUCUCGUCUCGCGCUUCAGAAGUAGGCGACGUGUAG